AUGACGCCCUAAAGUCCCAAUUCCCAACACAUCCGCCGCCCCACUCUCUCUCUAUUUUUCUUGCAUUCUAAGGUCUCCUUGAUAGUAGUAUAUAGAGAACCCACUAACGAAAUCAGACCCACUCGCAAGCAAAGAUGGCUUAUGAGUGCAGAUCAACCGGCGUGGACGACGCCGGAUGGCGCCGCCCGGUUCGGGCCACCAACGCCAACCUGUACCAGUGGCCGGAGUCUUCAGUGAAUUCUAACGGCCGCCGUAACCAUAGGGUGGUGGACAGUGUGUCGUGCAGGCGCUUGUAUCUUAAAAGCUACACGUUUACGAGGAAAGAAAGUGCGUCUGAGAGGAUCAAAAAGUGUCUUGGCAGAGUUAGACAGAGAGUACUAAUUCUUCAUAGAAGAAAUCAAGUGUCUCACGGUGGUCGUGGUGGUCGUCCUCGUCGUCGUCGGAAGUGUGCAGUGAUUGGGAGGGCCAAGGAGGUGUCAUGUGCUGCCGCCUUGUUCAUCUUUCGCAGGUUGCUAUCUUGUACCACCAAGGUGGUUGAUGUGGUUAGAAGUUGAUCACAAAACUUCUCAAUUUGCUUUUUUUUUUUUUUAAUUUCAGAAGAUUAAUAAUACCCAGUAAUCAAAUCUGUGUAGGCUUAAUGCCAUAUAUAUUAUAUACUACUAAUUAUCUUGUCUUUUCUUAUAAAAAAUUGGUUAAAAUUCAGUCUUUCUUGAAGUGAA